CCUAACGCCAUCCCAGCGGCCGGGAACCUCAUCGCCGCGCUCCCCAUGGACGCCAUCAACGCCGCGUCCUCGCUUGCUGCCGCCCGCCUCUUCCACGCGCCCUGCCGCGUGCCCUCCCCGCCUUCUGCUUGCCGCCUCUCUCCCAGUAGCCUUGUCGCGUCCACCUCGCCUUCCGCCCACUACCCCCGCGCGCGCUUUGCACGGAGCCUCUUAGUCGCCCCACAUUUCCACCGCCGAUCCCGAUGCCCAUCGCCGAGGCUCGUCGCUCAGCAGGUGCGCGCCACGCCUGCCGGCGCCACGCCGAGAGUGACUGCAGCGGAGGCCGUGAAUGGGGGCGCGGAUGCGGCAACGGCGGAGGCGAGCUCCGCCGACAGCGAGGGCGGAAGGGAGAGCGGCGCCCUGGGGGAGGCAGAGGGGGUGGGGGCGGGGGCGGAUGAGAGCAGGGGGGGCGAUGAUGCGGGGGAGGGCGGUGGUGCGGAGGGAGGGGCGUCGCGGAAGGAGUUGCGGAAGCAGCGGCAGGAGCGACGCCUGCGACUCAUGGAGCCUGCGGCGGUGCAGCAGCGGCGGCGCGAGCAGGAGGAGCGCGUGAUGGCCGCCAUGGCGCCACUGAGGAAGCGACCCGCCAACCCGGGGGGCCGGCGCAAGAAGACGGCGGAGGGGGCAGGGGGGGACGCGGGCAAGGCGGAGGGGGCAAAGAGUGGAGCGGGUGUGGAUGGGGGCAGCGAAGGGGGGACCGUGGCGGAAGCGGAGAGGGGAGAGGCGGCAGUGGGUGGCGAGGGUGAGGGCGAGGGAGAGGGGUCCGGGGAGAGCAAGGCGAGUGGGAGUGGGGAGAAGGACGUGGCGGAUGCAGCGGUGCAGGGGGCGCAGCAGGGGCACACGGGGAAGGCGGAAGAGCAGCAGCAGCAGGCGGGGCAGAUGGGGCAGGUGGGGCAGCAGGCGGUGGGCGACGCGGUGGAGGCGAUGAGGGUGCGCGGCGUGCAGUGGUGGAAGGUGGGCACGUUCAGAGGGGGCGAGUUCGAGGCGGCGCACCACAUCGCUGACAUCCUGGUCAACCACAACCCGGGCGAGCACACCGAGAUCUUUGUGCCGGCCAUCCGCUCCGCCCAGUACAGCAGCGUCAUGCGCCGGGCCGCAGCAGCCAUGGAGGAGGGCGGCCCCCCGCCCGCCCUGGGGGCGGGCAUGCAGCGCGUGGAGGCGUGCGCGCUGUAUGUGCGCUGCACCAUGCACUCCGCGCUCUACAAGCAGGUGGUGGCGCUGGAGCGAGUCAGAGGCUUCGUGGGCGAGGUGGUGGGCAAGGGCAAGUACGGCAACAUGUUGCCGCGCGCCAUUCCUCUGGUGGAGCUGGCGGCGGUGCGCGAGCUGGUGCGGGGCAAGCAGGCCGAGGCGGACAGGCAGGCGGAGGAGGCGGAGAGGCAGGCGGCUCCUGGGGAGGCGGGGAGGAAGGGGGCAGGCGGGGAUGGCAAGCAGGGCGAGGGGGAGAGGUCGGAUGGUGAGGGGGAGGGGCGAGCAGCAGCUGGGGCAGUGAGCAAGGGAGCACGCGUGCGGUCGGCAGGGGCGUCGGGCCAAAGGGGAGGCCGUGCUGCUGCUGCUGACGGCGCUGCUGGCAGCCGUCCCAGUGGUGGUGAUGUUGUGGGUGACUCUGCUGCAAGGUCACGGAAUGAUGCCCCGAGUGGCAGCAGCGAUAGGUUCAGCAGCAGCAGCGGCCGUGGCGUGAGCAGCAGGGGAGGCAGGUGGAUCAAACAGGGCAGUGCAGGAGCGGGGAGGGCGAGCAGCAGGGGUGAGGGGUGGGAUAGCACAGGCAGUGGCAGCAGCAGUGAGGGCGAGGAGGGCUGGCGGUACAGCGGCAGUGGCAGCGGCACGUGGAGCAGGCACGGUGGUUGGGAGGGGAGGCGAGGAGGGGCAGGGCGGGGCGGGGAGUCACGGGAUGGUGGUGGGGGGAGAGGCGGGCGGCAGGCAUGGCGGAGGAAGGCUGAUGCGGAUGCGGAUGGGCGCACGGGCGGGCCGUUCCAGGGGCUCAAGGACGGCAGCUCGUGACCUGGCAGCAGUGGUGAAGGAACUAGGUGCUUACAUGAAUCAUAGCAAGGGCGGAUCGUCAUCACAUCUUAGUGCAAUGAAAGCUGCUUGUGUAGGCAUGUUACAUAGCCUGGCUGGCUUUGAUGCA